AUGACACAAGGAAAUGGCACUGAAGUGACUGAAUUCUUUCUACUGGGAUUUGGUGCCCAACACAAGUUUCGCUAUGUCCUCUUCAUUGUAUUUCUAGUCAUCUACGUGACCUCCAUGGUGGGUAACAUUGGAAUGAUUCUAGUCAUCAAGACAGAGUCCAGACUUAAAACACCCAUGUACUUCUUCUUACAACAUUUGGCUUUUGUUGAUACCUGUUAUACCUCUGCUAUCACUCCCAAGAUGCUGCAAAGCUUCAUAGUAGAAAAUGUAUCAAUAUCAUUCAGGGGCUGUGUUGUGCAAUUAUUGGUUUAUGGAAUAUUUGCAACCACUGACGUGUAUAUCCUGGCUGCUAUGGCUGUGGACCGCUAUGUAGCCAUCUGUAACCCACUUCACUAUCCCAUAGUCAUGUCCCAAAGAGUCUGUAUCCACUUGGUAGCUGGUUCUUAUGUCAUUGGCUCAGUAAAUGCUUCUGUGCACACAGGUUUUACAUUUUCCCUAUCCUUCUGCAAGUCCAAUAUCAUCAAUCACUAUUUUUGUGAUAUUCCACCAAUUCUCGCCCUUUCAUGCUCCAACAUUGACAUCAACAUCAUGCUACUUGCCAUCUUUGUGGGAUUUAACUUGAUGUUCACUGUGCUGGUCGUCAUCAUCUCCUAUAUCUAUAUCACUGCUGCCAUCCUAAGGAUGUCUUCUACCACAGGGAGGAAAAAAGCCUUCUCCACGUGUACCUCCCAUCUGACAGCAGUCACCAUUUUCUAUGGAACCCUAGCAUACAUGUACUUACAGCCUCAUUCUAACGAUUCCCAGGAAAUUAUGAAAGUGGCCUCCAUAUUUUACAGCAUUGUGAUUCCCAUGUUGAACCCCCUGAUCUAUAGUUUGAGAAAUAAGGAGGUGAAGGAAGCUCUAAAAGUGAUGGGGAAAAAGUUCUUCUAG